AUAAGAUGGCCAACAUUAUCAUUCAUUUUUUAUUGAAGUAAAACAGAAUAAACAAAUAGGGAUCAUGCUUUGCUCAUAGGUCAACCAUGUUGACGAGUUUUGAAGGAUACCACAUAAGCUAUCUUAGCUAAAUCACAAGGAAUAGUGGCAUGUAUUUGGACAUGAUUCUACAUACGCCUCAUAACAAAGCAAGGUUUCCUUCCCAUUCAAACAUCAUCAUGUUUUGAAAUCUGGAAAAGGAUAUUCCCAACAUUCCUAUCUAGGCCACAAUAAAUACCUAGCCUGCUGUAGUUGUAACGUACCAACUUGAGCAAGUAACACAUUUGGUUAGACUGCUAUACUCCAGUGUUUCAAGGAAUGGAAAUUCCAGUGAUAAAAAUGGAUGAGCUGUAUGGCGAGAAGAGAUCAGAGACACUGUCGCUUCUCCACGAUGCCUGUGUGCAAUGGGGCUUCUUUUGGCUUGAGAACCACGGGGUCAAUGAGGACCUCAUGCACAAAAUGAAGGAACUGGUGAACAAACAUUAUGAGCAAAAGAUGGCGAAGAACUUCUACAAUUCAGAGAUGUCAAAAACCCUAGGUUAUGAGAAAGUUGUAACAAAUGUUGAUUGGGAAUGCAGUUUGAUGUAUCAUCAUCAGCCAAAAUCAAACAGUCAUGAUAUUCCUGAGCUGCUUCGUACAACAGUUUUCGACUAUGCUGAAGAAGUAGUCAAAUUGGCAGAACAGCUAGCAGAAGUUAUGAGCGAAAAUCUUGGGCUGGACAAGGAUGCCUUGACGAAGGCAUUUUCUAAACCUUCCGUAGGCAUAAAGGUGGCAAAGUACCCCAGGUGCAGUCAUCCAGAGCUUGUGAUGGGCCUCAGGGAACACAGUGAUGCUGGGGGGAUAAUACUUCUAUUUCAAGAUGACUUGGUCCCAGGUUUGGAAUUCAUGAAAGAUGGUAAGUGGGUCCCAAUACCACCAACUGAAGGCAAUAGAAUUUUCGUAAACCUUGGAGAUCAGAUUGAAGUUAUGAGCAAUGGAAUAUAUAAGAGCAUUUGCCAUCGGGUACUUCCCAAUAAGAAUGGGAGCCGCCUAUCUGUUGCAGCAUUCUACAACCCUGGUGCAGAUGCGAUAAUCUGCCCAGCUCCAAAGCUUACAUAUCCUAGCCAAUAUCGUUUCCAAGACUACCUUAAUUUCUAUUCCACUACCAAGUUCACUGAUAAGGUAUCAAGGUUCCAAGCAACAAAGGCGAUAUUCAAGUGA